AGCCACUGGACCAUAUGGACCAUCUGUCAGACAACUGAGGAAUCACAACUCCUCCAGAUGAUAAGAGGAUAACGCUCUCAGUCUGUUUGUGUGUCUGUCAGUGAAGUGUGUGUUAAUCUGGUGUCCUGCACUGACUCGGAGGUGUUUCCUCUGCAGCACAGACUGAGGAGUCAGAGGAGGAGAAGCAGGAGCUCGACUGUUUUUAAAUAACAAGUGAAGAAGAUGUCAGUGAUGCACCGAUCAGCCUCUCUGGAAAACAAGGAGUCAACGUCUCUGCGUGGAGACGAUGGAGACGUCUUCUUCAUCAGAGACGAGGACUGCACCAGUGAGGAGUACGAGCUGGACUCAGAGAGCAGCGAGGAGGCAAGAGGAGGAAGAGGAGUCCGCAGCUCCGUGUCCCUGGAGAUCUACGGCCUGCAGAGGGAGCAGCAGGUUCACUUCUCCAACCUGGAGUACUACAGGAGGCUGGAGGAGCUGAAGAACACCCACCUGAGGAACAUGGCCGAGCUGGAGAGGAUGUACAUCAGUCAGGGCCGAGAGUGGAGAGGAGAGGAGGAGGAGGGAGGAGGUCCGGCGACUGGGAGGAGAGAAGACAGACAGUCCUUCAGCAGCUGCCCGGCCAGGACCCUGCAGAGGAUCAACUCUCAGGAGGAGCUGGACUUCCAUGACACGUCGAGUGGCUCUGACCAAUCAGAGGACAGCAUCGGGGGGGUGGACACUCAGAGACGAAUGUCCCCCGGCCAGGAGCGAACCUUCAGGAGAGACGUCCUGCUGAUCCCACAGGAAAUGAUGAACCAGAAGCACUUUCGGUUCCAGCCCAAGGCCUCGUGUCCUCAGCCGAGGGGACGACUGACCCAUCGAUCUGGGGUCAGAGCUCGGUCCAACUCGAAGGUCACCGUGCCCAAACCCUUCCAGAUGAUGCUGAGGGAGGAGGACCGCAAGAGGCACAAGGUGCGGACGCGCUCAGAGGUCGAUCUGGAGAACACGCUGCUGAGACGGGAGCUGGAGGAGCUCAGAGAAUGCCAGAAACAGUUCAGGGCAUCACCUGCUCCAGCGCACAUACACCUGCCUCGCUUUGAAAUGACCGGCCGUCGCCUCACUCAGCGAUCCAUCCCACGCAGCAGCAGCAGUGAUGACGUUCACCGUGACUCCAAAAUCAACCAGGCCUCUGCUGCAGUCUCGCCACAGCCCUUCAAUUUCCUGGAGAGGGAGCGGAGGAAGAGGGAGGCGAAGAUUGUGGCAGAGCUGGGGAACGUUGGUCAGAGAGAGGAGCGGCAGGGCUUCAAGGCCAGGCCCAUGCCCACCUCAGUGUACGGCACCAGACACAGAACCAGGUCCAGGACCUCAACCAGCCAGCCCCCGUCUCCUCGCUCACUGGAGGCCACCGAGGCCCAGAGGGAUCCAAACUCCCACCUGGAGCAGGAGGUGCUUCGGUCCAAGUCAGACUCCUGCACUGACUCCUCCGAGCCUCAGAGAUGUCCGACCUCCAGACCAGCGAAGAAGCAGAUCCAGGUGUCCAUCGAGAUGGUGAGGGAGGGGGGGGAGUGACCCCCUCAAAGCUGCCGCCUGAAACAUCUGCUCACAUCUGCAGCCGGGCGGCCCAGAGCCGACGCUGCCUGACCAGAGUGACGGCAUCAGACUGGGAGGGGUCGUUCAGGAAGCAGCAGAAAGGGAGAGAAGCUGUUUAGUGGUAGUUUUAUUAUUUCGUCUCUUUCUCUGUCAUUGUAAACUAAACAGUUUUGCUUCAUGCUAGAGCCCCCCCCCCCCUGUGUAUAUAUCAGUACAUCAUUAAACACUGUAUACGACA